GAACUACUUCCAACUCGAGCGUCUCUAACGACAAUGAAAGCCCUCGGAAGUCGAGUGUUCCAUAUGGACUUAUUGCUUUAUUUCUGUUUAUUGUUCUUAUAAUAACAUUGAUAUCUAUGGCACCGCAUGACUUCUACGAAGGUUCUCCCGAAGAUAUUAUUUCUCCAGGUCAAUUGACGCGUAAUGUUUUUGCCCACCUCAAAGCUUUUGACCAAAUUGCUAAAUCUGGGGCCUCCGCUAACAAUAAUGGCCAUGGAUCGCGAUCCGUACUUAAUUCAUACAACGAAUCGGCAGAGUAUGUUGUCUCACAAUUAGAGAAAACUAAAUGCGAGACUAAAAGGAUGUAUUUUAAAGUUCCUGUUUGGAAUAAGGUCAAAGAAGCUGAAUUGAAUAUCAUUUUGAAUGCCACUCCAACGGGCAAUGGUGUGAAGAAUGCAAUAGCAUUACAAGGAGGAAUCGAUUUUUGGAAUAUGCGUGAUGGAGGGGUGGCUACCACGGUAGAAGGUGCUUCUGUAGUUGAAAUACCUCAUUACGGAUGUAAAGAUGUUAAAGAAUGGAAAUAUGUUAAGGGAAAGGUUGCAUUAAUCGGCAAUGGUGGAGAAUGUACUUACUUUAAGGCUGCCUAUCGUGCCGAGAAUGAAGGAGCAGUGGCUGUUAUAUUCUAUAAUGCCCCAGAAGAUGCAGGACUUAUAUACACCCGAGUUAGGAAAUAUGCGUGGAGAGAAGGAGAUCCCACGAUUCGCAUACCUGUUCUCUCAUCCACUUACACCGUAGGCCAGUUGCUCAGAAAUGAGCAUUCUGCUCGCAUUUUCCUUCGUACUUAUAGCACAUUAACCAUCACCACCACUUAUAAUGUCAUCUGUCGCUGGGGUAAAGCUGACUCAUACGAUAACACCAUCGUUCUUGGUGCACAUUUGGAUUCAGUUCCCGAUGGACCUGGAUUAGUGGACAAUGCUUCUGGUUCAGCAGUAUUGUUAGAGAUACUGCUUGCAUUAGAGCGUGCCCACUUUGUGUCUAAAAACUAUUUAAUUUUUGCGUGGUGGGGUGCUGAAGAAUUGGGACAAUUGGGAUCAAGGACGUUUGUGAGGAAGUUGCUGGAAACGGGGGAGAUUGAUUCGGUGGCGAUGAAUUUGAACUUUGAUAUGCUUGGGAGUCCAAAUUACGUGCCUUUUGUAAGUACCGAAAGUCCCAGUUUAAGGAUACAUCGUGGAGCUGAUGCCCCAUUAGAAGUGCAGAAUGCAUCGAUUAAGAUUCAGAAAACGUUUAUCGAUUACUUCUCAGCAGCUAGACAACCAUAUGAAAUCAUAGAUAUGAAAGCAGGGAGUGAUUUUCUUCCAUUUCUUGAGAAUGGUAUUCCAUCGGGCGGUGUCUUAACUGGUGCCGGCGCAAAGAAAACCGAAAAACAAAGGCGCAUUUUUGGCGGUCUCGCUAACGCUGCCUAUGAUACAUGUUAUCAUCAACCUUGUGAUGAUGUGGAGAACGUGAAUGAAGACGCAAUAAAGAUUACGUCUUCAGCCGCUCUUCAUACAGUCAUCCGCUUCGCUCAACAGCCUCACUUAAGAAGAUUCUUGGACAUUUUGCCUGCCAUGUGA